AGGUACAUUUUAUGUGAGAUCUUUGUUCCCGGGAAGCAAUCAUUUCCAGCAAACAUAGAUGGAAACAAGAUUUAUCAAGCACUAAGGGAUUCCUUAAUUAAGAACCAUGGAGAUUUAGGACUCGGAACAUUCCAGGCCUCCCUUAAAGGUAUAACAAAACUCAUGAUACAUCAGCUGUCUGCUCAGAUUUAACUUUACUUAAUCUAAGUGCUCAUAAUCAUUUCAAUAGUUAUUUUUAAGAAAACAAUAUUACAUCAUGUCCGUUUGACUUCUUUAUAUUUUAUAUGGAAGGAGCUGUCCAUAAUUGACUUCACACUAUAUUGGCAAGUUUUUAUACACUCCCCUCCCCCAUCAUCACAAAAUUUUCAUAAUACUUAGACACCCUAAUAAUACAUUAUCCCAAAAUCGAGAUCCCCCACCCCUAUAUGCAUGACAUCAUAUAUGGAUGCCCCCCCCCCCCCGUGUAAAAACAAUUAUUUGUACACAUCAUUGUUCAAAUGAUUUUUACAUUAGGUUAAAGUAAUUUGAAAUGUCCUCUUGCCUUCACAGAUUCCAAAUUUAAUUUGAUUUUUAAAACAAAAAUAAUAAAGCGAAACGUUCCUUUUUUAAAAUUAAUUAAUUUUCUUUUGGGUUACUCAACCAAUGCAAUAUUAUUUCAGUGAUUUAUUUGAAUCCAUUGACAAAUAUUGUCAUAAUAAGAGGUCAGAAGAAAGAUUUCAGUAUUCUAUCUACUGCUUUGCUGUUCAUUGAGAAAAUUGCUGGCAUCAGUGUUGUUAUUAGAAGUCUUCAUAUCAGUGGUAAGAAUUUUUUUUAA